AUGAACGGCGGAGGACAGUAUGGCAUUGUGGGGCCCGUCGUUAACGUACCUGUUGAAGUGGACACCAUGGUUAAAUCGUUGCCGCGAAACAUUCACGAAGACCAUGCCAUCAAUGUCCACAUUAAACGCAGGAUUCUCAACAAGACAUCAUACCUCUCUGGCGUGGUGAAAAAAUCUCACUUGAAACCUUGGCUUGACGUCUUGUGUCGGAGUACGUUGUACAGGUACUUUGGUAUUACUCUUGACGCCUCCUCUUUAGACGCUCUUCCCGACGACGACGCAUUUCAACUGCUCGAAGAUUCCGUCGAAACUAUACCCCAGUGUCCCGACGUGCACAAUCCAGUGGAUGCAUGCGUGGCGCUUAACGCAUUCGAACAGUCCGUGGUGUGGGACGAAGAGCGCUACCUGGCCAUAGCUCCUGGUGAACACAGACAACCACUGAGCAUACUGUACGAUGAAAGAGCAGAAGAGUUGUCCUUCCCUCAGAUAUACCUUGGGGAGCCCCGGCGCGUAAAGGCAGAAGCUCAUCCCACGCCCUUUACAUAUGCCACCAGUGAGAUACGUCGCAAAGACCGUCGCGGUGUUUCGCCUCACCACAUCCUGUUCAUGGCAAUGAAAGUGCUCCGAUUUAGAGUCAGUCGCGGCCUGGCCGUCACAUUUCGCGUCAACGACGACACCGACAAAAUUACACGCCAAAUGCUUGAAGACGAACACUUCAUACAGGAUACCAUUGACCAAGACAUGGCCUUUAUGAAGGGCGUUCCCAACACGGUCCACUACUGGCAGCAGCGAAAGAAAGAUGUCUUCGCUAUGAUACGCCAGCUUGGCAAGCCGACUGCGUUCCUCACCCUGUCAGCCUCAGAGAUGCAUUGGCCUCGAUUACUCGCUCUGCUUGAGCGGUUGCGCCAGCAAGAUCCCACCUUAGAAGUGCACGUGUCGGAAAUGACAUCCAUAUACCGUGCUCAGCUCGUCAACAGUGACCCCGUGGUGUGCGCCAUUUACUUUAACAAGCUCGUGAGCGUCAUUCUAAAUGUCCUGUGUAGCCGCACUCACUCGCCUUUCAAACCUUACCGCGUCGUGGACUACUUCAAGCGCAUUGAAUUCCAGCACCGAGGUAGUCCGCACGCUCACAUCUUACUUUGGUUGGACAACGCACCGUGCGAAACCGUCUCCUCCGACAUGCCAGAAACGAUCCGCCUCGCAACGCACCUCGUGUCCCUCGAUACCUCUGUGUUGCCACGCCUGCGCACUCAAGUGCACCAACACACACACACCUGCUACAAGCGCGGAAACUCUCGUUGCCGUUUUGGCGCUCCUUUCUGCCCCUCUGACAACACCAUGGUGCUACUUCCCUAUCCGCCCACACAAGACGAUGCCGAAGCCACGCGGCGCGUCGCACUCAAGGAACGCUUCUUGCAGAUGCACGCCGCUCUUGAAAGCACGCACUACGACAGCAUCGGCCAAUUCCUCGAGCACCAUGCAGUCACUACCGAGGAAGAAUACGUCUCCGUGCUCCGCGCUGGCGUGACGCGCCCGACCUUGUUUAUACAGCGAACAGUGCAGCAAAAGUGGAUCAACGUAUUCAAUCCGUGGGUCGCCUCCAUGCUCGACUCAAACAUGGACCUUCAGAUCAUCCUUGACGCCUACUCGUGUGCUGCUUAUGUAGUGGAAUACGUAAAUAAGUCCAAUCGCGGGGUUUCAAACCUGCACAAAGCCGUGUCGGACAUUUUGGCAGACACUCCAAACAUUCCUUAUGGCCAGGCUCUUCGGUUACUCGGCGUUAAGAUGCUCAAGGCUGUUGAGAUGAGUGCUCAGGAAGCUGCGUGGACACUCCUCCGACAGGAGAUGUCCGAGUCCAGUAGACGAAUCACCUACAUUGCCACAUGCCUACCGGAAGAGCGCACGCGCGUUCGCAAAACGCGCGCGCAGAUGGAAGCAGCCGGUCUCGACGCCGCGUCAACGGAUGUAUGGAAAUUUGGGGUGUUGCGCAGAUAUGAAUACCGCCCAGACAAUUUGCAAGACGUGUGCUUGGCAGACUUUGUGGCGCAUUACAACUUGCACACCUACCAAAAGCGCCGCGACCCAGCCGUCAUUCGUUACCGCUGCUACUCCAUCGACGAAUCACUCAACUACAUGCGGGAAGCAGUCACACUGUUCCUUCCUUUCCGCCGGGAAGUAGACAUUUUGGAUGGCAAUGCUUUUGAGCACAUGUACGCUGAGAACAUGGACGCCUUGCUGCUCAAAAGAUCUGAGUACGACAGUAAGUUCGACAUUCACCAGCUGCGCCACAUAUGCCUCCAAAUGUGCACCGACGACGCCCGUAGUAGCGAACUACACACUGCCACUGACCCACACCACGUUCCUUUGGUCGACCAAAACGACGACGAAGAUUUGCUCGGACCACCUGAUGCUAACUCCGUAGCGCCAAAAGGUCGUUGCGCCGCCGUCUGCACGCGUCAGGAUGUCAUGACCGGGGACGCCUACAGGGAAAUGAUGCGUCUCGCCAACAAGGAACAGUUAGAAGUUGUUCGCGAGGUGAUCCACCGCCUAACCACACCGACUUCUGACCCACUAAGAAUCUUCUUGACUGGUGUUGCCGGUUGCGGCAAGACCUUCGUUCUACGCCUAAUUAUGGAUGCCUACAACCGCUACACUAACACCGCCUCCACUUGCACGCACAACGCGUACGUCGCGUGCGCCACAACAGGCAAGGCAGCGGUCGCCAUCGGUGGGCUCACUGUACACGCCGCCUUCAAGCUCAGUAUGCGUGCCGACGGGGGCUUGCGCGACGGAGACCUCAACUCCUUCCGUACAGCGUUCACAAACGUCAAGUGCGUCAUUGUGGACGAAUGCAGCAUGAUGAGCAGCGACACUCUCGCACGUGUCGACGACCGCCUGCGACAGAUCACUGGCAACUACAACGACCCUUUCGGCGGUUUGGACUUCAUAAUGUGCGGUGACUUGCGCUAG